AUGCCGGUGCAAAUGCCGGAGUCUGACUCGGAGGACGAGCUGCCACCGGCAUGGGAAGAACGUGCCUCGAGCGACGGGUUCGUUUACUAUGUAAACCACCAAAGCAAGACCACUCAGUGGAGCCAUCCGCGUACCGGAAAAAUGAAGCGCGUGUCCGGCGAUCUCCCCAUCGGUUGGUCGCGCCAGAUCGAAGAAGGCACCGGAAAGGUGAUUUUCGUGGACGAAAAAACCCAACGCAAAUCGUACAUCGAUCCGAGACUAGCGUUUGCGGUCGAAGAGGCACCGACACAGGUCGGUGAACUGCGCCAACGGUUCGAUAGUGGCACCAACGCACUGCAGGUUCUUCACGGGCGGGAUCUGAGCGGCAAAGUGGCACUAAUUACGGGCGCAAACACCGGAAUCGGGUUCGAAACGGCUCGCUCGUUGGCGCUGCACGGCUGUGAGGUUCUGUUUGCGUGCCGUGACGAACAAUCCACGAAGGCGGCCAUCGGGCGAAUAUGCCAAGAGAAGGAAGCUGCCGGCUUACGGUGCAAGUUCGUUCCACUGGAUCUUGCCAGUCUUCGGUCCAGCCAGCGAUGUGCUGAGGAAGUGCGAAAGCUUUGCAAGCACAUCGACAUGCUGAUACUGAACGCUGGCGUGUUUGCCCUUCCACAUUCCGUCACCGAGGAUGGCUACGAACGUACGUUCCAGGUGAACCAUUUGGCGCACUUCCAGCUGACGAAGCUGCUGGGGGAUUUGUUCGACCACACGUCGCGCAUUGUGGUCGUUUCAUCGGAAUCGCAUCGCAUGAGCACGUUGCCGGCGAGCGGCCUCAGCGAGAGCGAUCUGUGUCCACCGCCGGCAAAAUUCUGGAGCAUGUUGGCGUACAACAAUUCCAAGCUAUGCAACGUGCUGUUCGCAAUGGAACUAGCUAAGCGCUGGAAAUCAAGGGGAAUUUCUGUAUUUGUGCUCCAUCCGGGAAACAUGGUUUCGUCGGCCCUGUCCCGAAAUUGGUGGUUCUACCGUAUGCUGUUUGCCCUGGUUCGCCCAUUUACCAAGUCGCUGCAACAAGCCGCCAGCACCACCAUCUAUUGCGCAACGGCCCACGAACUGACGGGAUUGACCGCGCUGUACUUUAACAACUGUUACGUGUGCGAUCCUUCGGGUACAUCCAAGGACGAGCAGUUACAGCAAAGUCUGUGGGAAAUUAGCGAGCAGAUGAUUCGACGCGCCCUGUCCGGUAAAGACUAAAGAGGCUAAAGAGCCCGGUACACUGCUACCGGCAAUCGAUGCGGGUUAAACGUAAAUACAUCCCAUUUAUUGUGC